GUCACGUGGCCCACUUUAUGAAGCCAGGCUGUCAAAUCUGAAACUUCCUGGGGUGCGAUGCAGUACAUGCAAGACCAUGACAUUUACUUCAGCCGUGUAACUCGUCAAAAGAUCUCGCGUUUGUAAGGAGUCAAGCUACUUAAAGCGAUUAGCGUGGGCAGUUGUGUGUGUGUGUGUGGAGUAGAGUGGGUUUGUUGUUUGAGGAGGAUGUGUGUGUGCUGACAGCGGCACGAGCGGCAAACCAGCAGCUCCUUACAUCUGCGGAAGAGCACGGCAUGAAGAGAUCAGUAAGUAGGGACUCUGGGGCUCUUUGACUGUUGCUGUUAUUGGUGCUGGCUGCCAGGUCAUGAAGAUCCGCUGGUCGAGGAAGGUGGCUCUCCUGGCCAAGGUCUGCUCCCUGUUUUCUCUGCUGUGGCUCUUCUACAUUCUUAUAGUCCGUUCGUCCCCCCCAUCUCUUCUUGAUAAAGAUGGUCAACACGACAUCCUGGUCCGUGAUCUUCCAUCCGUCAAGGAAGAGAAGGAGGACCCAGACAGCCUCCAGCGACCUGUUUAUGAGAAGCUCGCGCCAGACACCAACGCUCCUGGAGAAUAUGGCCGAGCCACUCGACUGACCCUCAGCACUGAGGAGAAGAAAGAGGAGGAGGCCAGCAUUGAGCGCUACGCCAUCAACAUCUUCAUCAGCGACAAGAUCUCUCUUCAUCGCCAUAUUCAAGACAACAGGAUGCAUGAAUGCAAAGCUAAGAAAUACAACAUCCGUCAUCUCCCUACAACAUCAGUGGUAAUAGCGUUUUACAAUGAGGCCUGGUCCACUUUACUCAGAACCAUCCAUAGUGUGCUGGAGACAACACCAGCCAUCCUACUGAAGGAGGUCAUACUUGUGGAUGACUUCAGUGACAGAGGCUAUCUGAAGACACAGCUGGCUCAGUAUGUCAGUAACCUGGAGCGCGUGCGUCUCAUUCGAACCAAAAAAAGAGAAGGUCUGGUACGGGCCCGGCUCAUUGGCGCCACCUACGCUACGGGACACGUUCUCACCUUUCUUGACUGCCACUGUGAGUGUGUGCCUGGCUGGAUCGAGCCACUGCUGGAAAGAAUUGCAGAGAAUGAGAGCACCAUCAUAUGUCCUGUGAUUGACACUAUUGACUGGAACACAUUUGAGUUCUACAUGCAGACAGAUGAGCCGAUGGUGGGCGGCUUUGACUGGAGGCUGACAUUCCAGUGGCAUGCUGUGCCUGAAAUUGAUCGCAAGAUACGCAAAUCCAGAAUUGACCCCAUUAGGUCUCCCACUAUGGCAGGGGGCCUAUUUGCCGUCAGCAAGGCCUACUUUGAGUAUCUGGGCACUUACGACAUGGGCAUGGAGGUCUGGGGAGGAGAGAAUCUGGAGCUUUCUUUCCGGGUGUGGCAGUGUGGAGGGUCUUUAGAAAUUCACCCAUGCUCCCACGUGGGUCACGUGUUCCCCAAGAAAGCGCCGUACUCCCGAUCCAACUUCCUUCAGAACACUGUCCGUGCUGCGGAGGUCUGGAUGGACUCUUACAAGCAGCACUUCUACAACCGAAACCCUCCAGCACGCAAGGAAUCUUAUGGGGAUAUAUCUGAAAGGAUUGUGCUGCGAAAGCGGCUUCAGUGUAAGAGUUUUGAAUGGUACCUGCAGAACGUCUAUCCUGGCCUGCAUGUACCAGAGGACAGGCCUAACUGGCACGGAGCGGUGCGUAGUGCCGGAGUCCGCUCUGAAUGUCUGGACUAUAACGCCCCGGACCACAACCCCACAGGAGCUCACCUGUCCCUGUUUGGCUGCCAUGGUCAAGGUGGAAACCAGUACUUCGAGUACACAUCUCAAAAGGAGAUUCGGUUUAACUCCGUGACUGAGCUGUGUGCUGAGGUUCAGGAUGGAAUGACACACAUAGGGAUGAAGCAUUGUCCGCAAGACGGUGCUCCCAGACCUCCCGGCAUUAUCUGGGAGUUCAGAGACGAUGGCAGCAUAUAUCACCCUCAUUCAAACAUGUGUAUCACCACCUACCGCACAGAAGACGGCCGUGCAGAUAUCCAGAUGAGAAGUUGCUCUCCUGGAGACAAACACCAGCGCUGGAGCUUCGAGUGACUUUAAACCCCAUGUGAACUUGGAUUUAAGUGCAAUUAUCAAACAGAACGCCACUUCCGGCUUGGCAUUAAAAAAAGGAGCGAAGAACAGGCAAAAAAGUGGGACCCAUCCCUCCAUAUCGUGCCUUUGCAAACCAAAGUGGAGAUACUUGUAGUGCCAAUUCUUGCGUUUCCUUUUUAUAGACGUUCAGUGUGCUAUUAUAAGUACAAAGUGCAUAUUAAUAACACAUUGUAGCAAAGGUUUUUGUUUACAUUGAUGCACUAUAUGCUUUUAGUGAAUCACUUUUAGACUCAGCAGUAACUAAUCUUUAGAUCUACUGCACAGCAAUUUUAUUUAAUUGUUCCAGAAGUGACUGAUUUGAGGAUGUUGUGAGUGGGUUUGUCUUGAUUGUCAGCUGUUUUUCUCCUUUUGUCAUUUGUAAGGCUGGUUUUUGUAUUACUAUGGUAUUUAGGGUCUUUUCACCUGAUUUUGUGUUGGCUGCAUGGACUGUUUUGGCACACUGGUGUUGAUGGAACUGUACCAGCGUUUAGGUCUCACUCGCACUAACAGCAGGGUUCAAGUAGUUUGUUAAUAAUGUAUGUACACUUCAAUUUGAAGUAGAUUAAAGAAACUGUACUUCAGAGUUGGUAUGAAGUGUACAGCAAUUGUGGACCAAAUUUUUCAAAUCCUAAACCGUUUUAGUAGUUUUUCUUUACUACACACUUGGGAAUUAUCCACUUUACCAGUAAAAUGUUUUCCUAGACUCGCCAGAAAGUGCCUCUUCAGCCUGACUGUUUAAAAUGGUGCAAAUCAGAGUAUUAUAGUACUUUAUUAUGAUGUUGGCCAAAGUAAAAUUCAGAAAAUUGACUAAGUGCUUUUAUCAUGGGUCUUCCAGCUUUCACACAUUCAAAACUGAAUAAUGCAUCAAUGCCUUUGGUAAAUAUCCUGAAAAUGCUAUAUCAUAAAUAACGUGGAUUAUUUGCACUAAAAUGCAUUUAAAAUGGCAACAUCAUUUUUUUCUAGGUCUCAUUCUUUGUAAUUGUCAGUGAAUGAAAUGGUUUAAAGGGAUUGUGGGAAAGUGAACAUGAAAUUUGAAUUACUACUGAUAAACCACAGUUUGUGGUGAUCAUGUUUUGCUGAUCAACUGUAAUGAAGUAUUUUUGGAACAUGGAAAAAAAGUACAAAGUAUUUUUGUCUCAAUAAAUUAAAUUAAGUUCUAAAUGUUA